AUGUCUGGCCGCUUUGUUAGAGCAUCAAAGUAUCGCCACGUCUUCGGGCAGUCGACCAAGAAGGAACAAUGUUACGACAACCUCCGCAUCUCUAAGAAUGCUUGGGACACGAACCUGAUCAAGGCCAAUCCCAAGUAUCUCUCGGUCAAUUGGGAAGCCAGCGGUGGCGGUGCCUUUGCUGUCAUUCCCGUCGACGAGCGUGGAAAGCUGCCCGAUGUGAUGCCCUUGUUCCGUGGCCACACGGCCGCCGUUCUCGACACCGACUGGAACCCCUUUGACGACUCGGUCAUUGCUUCCGGCUCAGACGACGGCAAGGUCUUUAUCUGGCAGGUCCCAGAAGACUUCACCCUGCACACCGACGCCGAUGAGCCCACCGAUAUCACUCCUGUGCACAAGCUGUCUGGCCACACUCGUAAGGUCGGCCACGUUCUGUUCAACCCCUCCGCCGCCAAUGUGCUUGCCAGUUCCUCGGGCGAUUGCACCGUCAAGCUAUGGGAUCUUGCCUCAAACAACCCCCGCCUUACUCUUAAGCACAACGACAUUGUCCAGUCUUUGUCAUGGUCGGCCGAUGGUGGCAUGCUUGUAAGCACUUGCCGCGACAAGAAGAUUCGCUUCUGGGAUGUCAGACAAGAGAGGCCCGCACACGAGGUACAAGGACACCCCGGUGCAAAGAACAGCAGAGCCGUGUGGAUGGGCGAACAUGACCGUGUCGCCACAACCGGCUUCUCGCGCAUGAGCGAUCGUCAGCUUGGUCUGUGGGAUGUGCGCAACCCCAAGGAACCCAUCGGUGGUUUCUCCAUCCUCGACUCUAUCAGUGGUGUCUGUAUGCCUUUCUGGGAUGAUGGCACUCAGAUGCUAUACCUUGCAGGCAAGGGUGAUGGAAACAUUCGCUACUACGAAUACGAGAACGACAAGUUCGAGUACCUCUCCGAGUACAAGUCGGCCGACCCGCAACGUGGUAUCGCCUUUGUGCCCAAGCGCGGCGUCAACCUGCACCAGAACGAGGUUAUGCGUGCUUACAAGACGGUCAACGAAAACCUGAUUGAGCCCAUCUCCUUCAUCGUUCCUCGCCGCGCAGAAGUCUUCCAGAACGACAUAUACCCUCCCGCUACUGGCAGCAAGCCUUCCAUGUCUAGCGAGGACUGGUUCUCUGGCAAGGAGGCUGCCCUCCCCCCCAAGAUCUCUCUCGAGAGUGUGUACGAAGGAGAGACCCCUGUCGAGAUACCUGCCGAGAAGGCGCCCUCUGCCAGCCAGGCGAAGAGCACCCCAGCUCCUGCUACUAACUCAUCCUCUUCCGCCCCCACUCCUACCCCGGCUUCGCCUGCAAAGCCUAAGCCUGAGCCUGAAGUUGCAUCAGCACCCACGCCUGCACCCGCCAACAGAGGAUCGGUAAAGGACAACCAGGCUAGCAUGGCCGCUAUGGCUGAUAGAUUCGCCGACAAUGAGGAAGUGACUCAAUCAAGGGGUUCUGUCAACGAUGAUUUCGACGAAGUACCCAAGCCAGCUCAACGACCCAACGUCACAAUUGUUACCAAGCAAGAGGAGAGGACUGGUGUACGUACACCUCCACAAGUUCAAACUCCCACCAAGACUUCUUCUGCCCCAACUCCCGAGCCCGUCUCCGAGCCAAAGUCCAGCGACGUCAAGUCACCAAUCGCAGAAACUUCCAAGCCAACUCCCACCAGCGCAGAGCCGCCUACCACGUCUGCUGGUGCCGCAAAGGGAGCAGCCGAAGGUAUCAAAGGUGCUUUGUCCGAGAUUAGAGGUCUAUUGGUGCAGCAAGCCCAGGACAUGGCAGCACAGGCGGAGCGUAUCGAGAGCCUUACAAAAGAAGUGGCUGGCCUCAAGAGCCGUUUGGGAGAGUAG